AUGUCGUCCCUUCAGAGAGAAGAGUCUUCGAGCGUUUUGGGAGCUUCCGCCCCCCCCACCCCCAACUCAGCUUCCAGCGCUGCUUCGACUGGGGUGUCUCCAGGUUCCAUCAAUACAACGCUAACGACAAAAGUAAUAACAAGAACAGAAACCAACAACGCGACAGCGACAGGGAGCAGUACGGGAGUAUCAAGCGCGAUCAGCGCCGGGAUCGGGGCAGGAACGGGGAUCGCGGUCGCCGGCCUGAUACUGCUUGUGGUCGCAGCUGCUGUCUUCUUCCGCCGGCGUAGACGACGAGAUCCCAAUCCUGCACCACCUACAACAAUCGCCGAGACGAGCUCCAGUGCGCCGCUUGCAUUAUCGCCAGAAGUGCGGCCCAAACCCACUGGACUCGCUGCGCUCCCAAAACAUUGCCGAUUGAAUGGGACAGACGACAGUGUGGUCCGAGGGCAACUCUUCAAGUUGGGCCAGUUCAUCAAAAAUCACGCCGAGAGCGGCGACUACCAUCGAGAUACCAUUCCGGCGAGACCAGACACUCUCCACGAAUCUCUGUGCCAGCUCCAGUUGAGCGAGGGCACCCGUCAUACAAUUGUGAGAUUAUCGAUUGAUCCGAACACCCGUCACAUCGGCAUCCGUCAUUUACUGGCGCUUGUGAUAUUUUCGAACCUCGACACUCACUCGGUCGGCCCUCUUUCUCUCCUGCCGCCGGCUCUGAAGGAAUUGUUCAAGUCGCUACCCAAGGCUUCCAGCGAGAGCCAGAACCCUCUUGCAUUUCUCAUGCAUAAUAACCCCAAAAGCAAAAAACCUUUGCCGCUACUACCGAGCGUGGAAUCCCAAGUCAAGGCACUUGUCACUCUACUCCAGAGAUUUUUAGUACAUUUCACCCGCACAGAUGACGAUGGCUCCCCUAUCGCCGUUCAACAGACUCGCCUCGAAAAUGCCAUUACCAGCUGUGUCAAGUUUGAUUACCACAUCUUUUCGGACCCGUAUGACUGGAAGUUUACAUUCCCACAAGAGAAAGGGGAAGUGCUUGUUAUGCCAGGUCUAGAAAAACUUCGCGACGAUAUGGGAGAGCUACAUGAUCCACCAAAGGUGGUUUCAUCUGCCGAGUUUGUCACUGUCCAUCUCACAGAGGACUAA